AGCCUCCAUCCUCCUCCUCCUCUUCCUGGCCUUCCCCUCUGCCCUGAGGCAGCCUUGCCACAAUUGCUAUGCUGGCCCCUUUUCCAAGUCCCUUCCUGGGUUUCUGAAGAGGCAGAAGAGAGACACCCAGGCUGAUUUAUCUCUCGUCCUGCAUUUUUCCUCCCCUUUGGCUUGCAUUCAUUAUCCAUCUGCUCAUGAAAGGAAGGAAGAGCCGUUGACUCGCGCAGAGGCUCCGCAGAAGAACGCAGAGCACGCAAAGCUUCUUUUCCUUUGUCGCUGAGCACAGCUUAGCUGCGGCCCUUCUGCCCUUUCUCUUUUGGGGGGGGGAGAGGAAGAAGAGUUGAGGACUUUUCGGAUGAACUGGGACUUAGGCCAUGACGGACACGGCAGUCAGCAGCAGCCCUGGCCAGUGGGGGUAUCAGAGUGACCGGCAGAUGGCUCUUCAGAGCAGAGCUCCUGAGGGCCACCCGGCCCGCGGGAAGCAGUCGGAACGCGGGCGGAAGGCCGAAGAGCUGACGGACGAAGAGAAAGAGAUCAUCAACAGGGUCAUCGCCAGAGCCGAGAAGAUGGAGGAGAUGGAGCAGGACAGGAUCAGGCGCCUCAUGAACCGUCUGGACGACAUGCGCCGUAACAUCGCAGGCGACGGAGUGAACCGCUGCAUUUUGUGCGGAGAACAACUCGGUCACCCGGGCUCAGCUUGUGUGGUGUGUGAAGACUGCAAAAAGAACGUCUGCACCAAAUGCGGCACCCAGACCACCAACAACCAGCCCCACUCCCUCUGGCUGUGCAAGAUCUGCAUCGAGCAGAGAGAGGUAUGGAAGCGCUCAGGCGCCUGGUUCUUCAAGGGCUUGCCCAAACAGACCCUUCCCCAGCCCAUGGCCAUUAGCAAGAAGCCCCAGCCGGCUGCCAGCAGACCGGCUCCCCCCCCACAGGAGCCAGCAGCACCGUACUCUCACCAGCAGACCCCCGAAGAAGCCGCAGCCGCUGCUUCCGCCGAGCAGGGCUUCUACGGAGCUGAGCCAGCAGCCUCCGCUUCCAAUCGGGGAAGUUACCCCCCACUUCACCGCAAACCUUCCGAGGCUAGGAUGGGACCGAGUGGCAGCCAAUACCCCAGAGAGGCCCGGCCAAGCCAGGACUAUCCAGCUGAGAAUGAAGCUGCUCGGAGCCCAGCAGGGGUCAAGCGAGCCAAAGCGGGCCCAGCUGUGGGCGUCAGGGACCCUGCUGCGCCUCCCCGCCAGAACCCCUCUGCCCAGGAGGCAGGACCAGGCGCCCCCUCCGUGGCUCCAUCCCAGGCAGACCCCUCCACCUCUUUUCCUGCUGCGCCACCCAGGGAUGAGAGCGCUGGGCCUGGGUACUCCACAGCGGGAGCAGAGAGGCCCCCACGCCAGGGGGCUCCAUACGGCCAGGCCGUGGCUCCGCCUGCUGCCCCGGCCCCCACCCGGCCCCCUCCUCCCGAGGAUGACGACGAAGAGGAAGCCAACAGCUACGACUCGGAUGAGACAACUACCCUGGGGGCCUUGGACUUCAGCCUAUUGUACAACCAGGAGAACAGCUCUUUGCAAUGCGCCAUCAUUAAGGCCAAGGGCUUGAAGCCGAUGGACUCCAACGGACUGGCGGAUCCUUAUGUCAAACUGCACCUGUUGCCGGGGGCCAGCAAGUCCAACAAACUGAGGACCAAAACGCUGAGGAACACCCGGAACCCCGUGUGGAACGAAACGCUGGUGUACCACGGCAUCACGGAGGAGGACAUGCAGAGGAAGACCUUGAGGAUCUCCGUGUGUGACGAAGACAAAUUUGGCCACAACGAGUUCAUUGGGGAGACGCGGGUGGCGCUCAAGAAGCUGAAAGCCAACCAGAAGAAGAACUUCAACAUCUGCCUGGAGAGGGUCAUCCCGAUGAAGCGGGCAGGAACCACCGGCUCCUCGCGAGGAAUGGCCUUGUACGAAGACGAAAUGGAGCAAGGCGGAGAGGUGGAAGAACGCGGGAAGAUCCUGGUCUCCCUCAUGUACAACACCCAGAAAGGGGGCCUGGUGGUGGGAGUCGUGCGCUGCGUCCAUUUAGCUGCCAUGGACGCCAACGGCUACUCGGACCCCUUUGUCAAAAUUUGCUUAAAACCCGACAUGGGCAAGAAAGCCAAGCAAAAGACGCAGAUUAAGAAGAAGACGCUGAACCCCGAAUUCAACGAGGAAUUUUUCUACGACAUCAAGCAUAGCGACCUGGCCAAGAAGUCCCUGGAUAUCUCUGUGUGGGAUUACGACAUUGGGAAAUCCAACGAUUAUAUCGGCGGUUGUCAGUUGGGCAUCACAGCGAAAGGAGAGCGCUUGAAACACUGGUACGAGUGUCUCAAAAACAAGGAUAAGAAGAUCGAACGCUGGCACGCCUUACAGAACGAGCACCACGUGUCCAGCGACUAAGGGGGCUGUGCCCCUCUGCCCCCCCCAUGUCCAGCCCAACUCGUCUUCCAAUCCCUCCCCCCGUGUCCCUUUCGCUCUUUGGAAACCAACUGCUGGGUUCCCUCCCUCCCCUGCAGGAGCCGGGCUGAAGCCCUCCCCUCUGGGCCCAGGUCAUCUCACCCACCCACUGCUUGGCUCUGGGCCUCUCUCAGCCUCCCACAAUGGGGGCUCUGAGUAUUUCAAGUGAUAGCCCAGCUUUGAGCACCCUCAGUUUGGCUCUGCUUCCCCCACCCCUUCCGAUGCCAUCUUGAUCUCCCCCCUUCCUUCCUUCCUUCCUUCCUUCCUUCCUUCCUUCCUUCCUUCCUUCCUUCCUUCCUUCCU